ACACCUCCUCGAUCGGCUCAGCGCAGCAUCAACAACAGCCUGUCGCUCCGUACACAGCCGGCCGAGAGACGUCGAGUGUACUAGCGAAGUGCAGCCCGCAACACAAUGGCGCCGAAGAGCCCUGUCCUCGCCGCGCUGCUCCUCGUCGCCGUCGCCGCCGGCCAGGUGCCCCGCUGCGCGGGGUUGGGGUUGGGGGCGAGCGGCUCCACCAACGCCAGCGUCGUCAUCUCCGGCGUGGUGCCAUGCUCCACGGGGAAAAACAUCAACGUGGCAACGACACCGGCGCCGUUCCCUAACGCAGCCAUGCAGCUCGUGUGCAACGGCAGGGCGGUGACCGGCGUGACCACGGACGGGAGCGGGAGCUUCGUCAUGAGCAUCCCCGAUGCCAGCAAGGACAUGCUCACCGCUCUAAUGGGCAACCAGUGCAACGUGGUCGUGACCACCCCGCUGGUCGCCUGCGACGCUUCCUUGGCCGGCGUCGCCGGGACGCUGACGUCGCCGCUGAAGUUCCUGGGCAUCAGCACCAGUAGCGGCAGCGGCCUCGAUCUCGGCGGGAUCAUCGGCCUCAUCGGCCAGAUCAUCUCCGGCCUCGUUGGCGGCAUCCUCAACCUCGCCCCCCAGGCCUUCUCGCUCGUCUAGACGACCUUAAUUAAUUCGAUCAGCUGGAGCUGCAGGUCUGGGCGUCUCUGGCCGUGGCCAUGUCCAUCUAUCGACGCCGCGAAAUAAUUAUCGUAAAUCACUAAGCAUAAAUUAAAUCAAUACGUGCAGCAGGCAUGAUAUAUACGUUCAGCUCGCCUGCUUUACAUACUUUGUGUCGCCACAGCAUCGAUCACAUGUAGUGUUACGUGCUAUAUAUAUACAGUAGCCACGCCUACCCGCACCACGCAAUGCAAGCAUGCUUCUAAGAAGCACUUAAUUACAUCCAUAUAUAUAUUGUGAAACUUGUAUUUGUCGCCUCGUCUCGUGUACGUGAGAAUCAAACCUA